UGGAGAAAUGCCAUGUGCAUAAUUUUGUUAUUUCGUGAUUCUGUUCCCAUAAUAAUUUCUGAGGCUAAACAAUUAUCACUCCGAGUUGUAAGAUGAGAUUUUGCGAGGUCGAUGGCGAUACUGAGCGUCAUGGAUCCAGAAUCUCCCAAGGACGAAUCGGAGAGUUGGGGUUCCAGUAGGCUGCUAACCCCGCAUUGAGUCGCUCGUCAAGAACCGCAAGUUGAGUCUCUGUCCGCGAGCAAGCCUUCGUGGAGAACCGGCAAUUGAAAAUAUGAGAUAGGAAUUAUGAGGCCUUGAACAGAUUGUCAGCAUUCUACCGUUGAAGACUUCAGCAUCAGGAAUUGUAGCUUUUGGAUAAAUGCAAAGUCACUAUGGAGCUGACCACUUCUCUCAGACACUGGCAACCCCCCCGCCUCCAUCUCAAACCCUAACUCCAACACCACCCUCAUAAAUGAUAACAUGGCGGAAAUAAUAGACGACAAAAGCAGCCACUGCAUCCCCUUCAUCCUCGCCCGCCAUGCCAUCCACGCUGCCUCAUCCCCCGCCACCCCCUUCUUCAUAGGCAUCAACGGCGUCCAAGGCGUCGGGAAAUCCACCCUCGUCUCUCUCCUCCUCUCCACCCUCCACAACGACUGCAACCUCGUGACCGAGAUCAUCAGCCUCGAUGACCUCUAUCUCACCCACGCCGACCAAGUCGCCCUGGCAGAAGCCAAUCCCUCGAACCCACUGAUCCAGCACCGCGGAGAGCCCGGAACCCACGACAUCCCCCUCGCCCGCUCCCUCUUCACCAGCCUGCGCAACCAAACCGAAACCUCCAUCCCUCGCUACGACAAGUCCGCCUUCAACGGGCAAGGCGACCGUACACCACCCCCCCUUCGCGUCAACGAGAAAAGCAAGCGGAAGCUGCAAGUCAUAAUCCUCGAAGGGUGGUCUGUCGGAUUCCGCGCCCUCCCAGACUCCGAAGUCGUCGCCAAACGCGAAGCGUCGCGUUCGAAUCCCGAUUCAACACUAUGGAAGAACAGGCUCGAGGAUUUGCUGUUCGUGAAUGACAAACUGAGGGAGUAUGAUGUUAUGACGGACAUGCUGGAUGCGUUUAUACAUCUCGAUGCUAGUGAGACGGCGUUUGUGUAUGCGUGGCGGAGGGAGCAGGAGGAGGCGCUGAGGAAGGUGAGGGGGGUGGAAAAUGCGAUGACGGAUGAGCAGGUUGUGAAGUUCGUGGAUGGGUAUCACCCCGCUUAUGAGCUGUUCACGGAGGAGCUAAGGAGGGGGGUGUUUAAGGGGGAUGAGGGGAAGAAGGGGAGUCAGUUGAGGCUGAUCGUUGGGAGAGAUAGACGUGUGCAAGAGGUGCAGCAGAUAUGA